AUGGCAGCCACAGGGUCAGGCACGUCUAGUGGACACCCGAUCACUGUUCUGACACAAGAUCUGGUUCACAAGUUGCCUUCGCAGAGUCCCCUCCUGUUUGCUCAAAAGAAAGCCAAGAACCUUUCCUUCGAGACCAUCAGCCAGGUUCUUGGUCGCGAUGAGGUAGCCGUUGCUGCCAUCUUCUACGGUCAAGGGCGAGCUAGUGAUGAAGACGUUGCAAAACUGGCCCAACUCCUAGACAUCCCAGAAGAGAAGCUUCGCGAGACCGAGAUCACCGGAAUUCCGGAUCGAGGCCGAUCGAUGGAGAUGCCACCUCGAGAGCCACUGAUGUACCGACUGUACGAGAUUGUACAAAACUACGGUUAUGCGUACAAGGCGGUCAUCAACGAAAAGUUCGGCGACGGAAUCAUGAGCGCCAUCUCAUACUCGACCAAGGUGGAGAAAGAGACGGAUGAGAAGGGCGAGUGGGUAAAGAUCACACUCCGCGGGAAAUGGCUACCUUACACUCGCUUCUAA